UUGGUGAAAAAGCGGCAGCAUUAAGUAUUGAAAAGUAUCUUCUUCAAAUAGUAUCGGAAACGGUUAAAACGACUAAACUUUUCUCGGUUCCAGAAGAUUCAUCUCGAUUAAUUUCGGCUAAACUUUUAUUACUGAUCGAUUCUUCUACAGAAAAUAAUGGAAAUAAGCUUAAUAAUUCUUUUGGAAAGGACAGUUCAUUGCAAAAAAUAAUUCAUGAGAAUCAAAAUAACGAUAAAGCUAUUGAUUUAGUUCAUCCUGAACCUGUUCAUUCAAAACAAUCUUCUCAAUUCAAUUCAUCAUCUAAUUGUUUAAAUCAUGCAACUUAA